GGGUUCUGCCCGCUUCAGCUCAACCGCCAGGUCUGACAAAACGCAAACUGUCAGCUGCACUCGCGGCGGUCGGGCUUUUUCGAUGAGAGGCACUAUGUUUCUAUGAGCAGGAGCUUUGAAUAAUACGGUCCAGCAGUAGGAUGGGAGCACUUUAGGGGCUUAUGGGGCAACCAGGAAGUGCAGUGCGCUUUUGCUCCCCUCACGGCUAAUACUCCUGCGCGGGGCACCUUUGAAGAUGGCGCUGCAGCGGUUGCUCAUCGCUACAGCCUGCUGUGUCAUCCCCAUCGCGCUAUGGCUGUUCCUGGUGGGGACGGUGCCAGCUCCCACCUCCCUGGGCAGCCCCCACCUCCGAAACCGGGCUGAGGAGGACGGCGGCGGCACGGCCAGCACCGCCACGCACGAGCAAGAGCAUAAGCCUCCGGAGCUCCCACAGCUGGGGUUUGCACAGCGGCUUGCGCAGCAGCUGCUACACCAACACGCCGCAUCGGUGGCACUACCGCGUCAUUCGAGCCACCCACACCCACAUCAACACCAACAGCAGCUGCACCCCCAUCAUGUCAACCCGCGCAUGCACCACGGCAACACCACCUCCACCAGCGCCUCAGCACUUCGCGGUGCUGCGGCAGUGGCGCCAGCAUCACUGGGCGCCAAACCAGCUGCAACCUCAGCAACAUUAGCAACCUCCGGAGCAGCAGCAGCAGCAGCAGCAACCGCCGCUUCCAAGACAGCAGCAACAGUCUUGCCCCCAGGAGCUUCGGCUCCGACUCGCCGCUGAGCUCGUUGGACGCGGACGAGGUCCGCGGAAGC